AAAAAAAAAAAAAUCCACCACCAGUUGCACCCAUUCAUAUUCUGUAACCAGAAAGUCCAGAGAGAGAGAGAGAGAGACCCAGAGAAAUAUAAGAGGUAAUACAGUAACAAAAUUUGCAGAGGGAGGGAGAGUAUCUAGUGUCUGGCUUGGAUGUGGAAAAUCUAGAGCUCAAAGAAAACCAAGAGGAAACAUCCAACUUAGUUUCUUCAGACAGAAAUGCGAUUCCUGUUAGUAGUCACAGCAGGUAGAGAGAGGGAUUUAGGCAUUUAGCUGAGAAAAUACUGUAGAGAGAGAAAAACAAAGGAUGGAUAUCUGCUCUGUCCACUGGAAGCAGAGCUAAAACAGAGCAGCAGCAGCAGCAGCAGCGCCACCACUGUCUCCUCAAGAUCACAAUGUCAUUUUCAGCAGAGGAACCAACUACAGACACUAACCAACCAUUGAAGAAGAGGUCACCAAGCUGGUCAGACCUCUGGCUCAAGAAUACCAAACCCUUAAAACAUGUCAUCUUUGCUAUGCAACUCCAGUCUCUCUCUAGCCCCACUCCAAACAAAGAAUCCAAAACCAAAACCCAAACCCUAAUCCCCAAAUUCUCCAAAAUCGACCGUACACUUCUCUUAAGCGACGAGCUUCUACUUAAAAUCCUCUCCAAACUAACCGAUUCGCACAGAAACCAUAACUUCCUCGUUUGCAAGCGGUGGCUUAAUCUCCAAGGCCGCCUUGUACGGUCCUUGAAGGUGUUAGAUUGGGAGUUUAUUGAGUCUGGUCGCUUAAUUGCAAGAUUCCCAAAUCUGACCAAUGUGGAUUUGAUUAACGGUUGUAUUGUUACGCCUCAUAAUUCUAGCAUUUGGUUAAACCACAGGUUUCUUUCUAUGAAUAUCAAUUUUGAGAUAUCUGGGUUUGUUCCAAAUUGGCGUAUUUGUGAGGAAAAUUUGUUGCCUGUUGAGGUAGUUGAUAGAGGGCUUCAAGCAUUGGCCAGUGCUUGUCCUAAUUUGCGCAAGCUCAUAGUGAUUGGUGCUAGUGAGUUAGGUUUGUUGAGUGUAGCUGAGGAGUGUCUAACUUUGCAAGAACUGGAGUUGCACAAGUGCAAUGAUAACGUCUUGCGUGGGAUUGCAGCAUGCGACAACUUGCAGAUAUUGAAACUUGUAGGAAAUGUGGAUGGCCUUUAUAGAUCUCUGGUUUCGGAUAUUGGGUUGACAAUUUUGGCGCAAGGGUGCAAGAGGUUAGUGAAGCUUGAGCUUAGUGGAUGUGAGGGUAGCUUUGAUGGCAUUAAAGCAAUUGGGCAGUGUUGCCAAAUGCUUGAGGAAUUUACACUUUGUGAUCAUAGGAUGGAUGAUGGGUGGUUGGCUGCACUUUCAUAUUGUGAGAAUUUGAAAACUUUGAGGUUUCUGUCAUGCAUGAAGAUUGAUCCUAAUCCAGGGCCAGAUGAGUAUUUGGUUUCGUGUCCAGCCCUUGAAAAGCUGCAUUUGCAGAAAUGUCAGUUCAGAGACAAAAAGAGUGUUAGAGCUUUGUUUAAGGUGUGUGAAGCUGUUAGGGAAAUUGUUGUUAAGGACUGCUGGGGAUUGGACAAUGAUAUGUUUAGCUCGGCAAGUAUUUGCAGGAGGGUAAAGUUACUAUCUCUAGAAGGAUGCUCCUUGCUAACAACACAGGGACUGGAGUCUAUACUUCUUACCUCUAAUGAACUUCAACAUCUUAGAGUACAGUCCUGUAAGCACAUAAAAGAUUGUGAAGUCUCUGUUACACUUUCAACAUUAUUCUCUAGUCUUAAAGAGUUCAAAUGGAGACCAGAUACCAAAUCUCUUCUUGUGUCUAGUCUUGUGGGGACUGGCAUGGGAAAGAAAGGUGGUAAAUUUUUCAAGAAGUCAUAAGCCCUGAAGUUGCAGUCUGAUGAUUAGCAUCUGCAAUUUGACCAUCCCUGGAUGAUCCAGGCUGCUGCUGAAAAUACUGUACUUUCUUAUAGGGAUCAUUUUAUUGUUCAUUUAACAGGCUGGCAUGGAUCCUACGGAGAUUAUUCUUCUUUCAUCUUCAUUUGCAUGGAGGAGCAAGCUGAUGGAUAAAAGCUUGGGAAAGUUUAGGUCUUUCAGACCCUCUGCAGCCCCUUCAGUGCACAUCAGGUGCCCUGUGUCCAAUUCGAUGGCAAAUUGUUGAGGCGAAGAACAUGCUUUUGACAUGUUGUAUCUGCCAGUCCUUCCUAUAUGUAAUUAGACCAAGAUAACAGAUCAGAUUAUCGCAACUGUCAAAAUAAUACAUAUAUAUUUGAUA